GCGUCACCUCGCGACACUCUCGACCCGAAGCGUGCCCGCAAUAUGGAGGACCCCUCUUCUUCAACAGCGACGGGGUCUCCGCGAGCGCGGCAAGGCGAUCAUGAUGGCGCCGACGCUAGCGAAGACGUGGACCGCGGAGUUCUGUGCGACGAAGUUUGCGACGAAGAAGAGCUUUGCUCCAAGGCGGCCGCGGACUUCCUCUCUCUGCGGUCCUCGAGCGGCGAUCCGUUCCAAGAUGGCGAAGAGCCCUUGGACGAUGCCGUAUACGGCCGCAACGGCGAGUUUCUGCUUUCCAAGAAGCCCGACGAGUGGACGCGCGGCGACGCGCUCGCGAACCUUGUGUUUGAGCUGCGGGCUGACGACGAACUGUUCGGGGGAGCCGAGCGGCUGCUCUGCGUCCGCGAUCUCUUCGAGACGGGCAAGGAAGACGCCGUCAGGGACCCGGAGGCCGCCGACGCGGCGGAUGCCGAGCCCUCCGACGAGCCACAAGUGGCGCCGGCGUUGGUUUCAGGUGCUCUUGCGUCAACGGCACACUGUCUUGGGAACCCGACCCCCAGUGCACCCCGGCGGCGCUUUCCUUGCACCCUCGAGGGUUGUGACCGGGUCUUUGAGCGGGGGCGUCAGCUGCGUGUCCACCUCCUCAGCCAUGCUGCCUGCCGGCCCUUCAAGUGUGCAAAGCAACCAUCUGGCCAAAUGCGGAAGGCGCUGCAGUUUUGCUGCCUUACCGUCGUCACAUGGUGCAUGGAGGAAACUAGGAGGAAGCAUUACGUCACACAGCCAGCUUUUUGUGCCGUAGAUGGCUGUGACUGGGCCUUUGCCACGGAGUACAAGCUCAAGCGCCACCUGGAGACUCAUGAAGGCAAAAAGGAUUUCAUGUGCGAUGUGGCAGGCUGCGGCCAACACUUUACGACGGUGUACAACCUGCGGGCGCACAUGAAGCUACAUGGCCGGCCCACGUUUGGGUGCCUGUCACCCGGCUGCUCACAGGUGUUUGGCACCCGGCGCAAAAUGGAGCUGCACCUGCGAGAGCACCAGGAGCUGGAUGCACCCUAUAGAUGUCCGCAAGCGGGCUGUGGCAAGGCAUACUACUCGUCUAACACAUUGGCCUCGCACCUGCGCGUUCACCAGCACCGGCCCGAGGAGCUGUGCUGUCCAGAGUGUGGGCGUGCAUUUGGGCGUGCCUGCAAGUUGCGGCUGCACUUGAGGCAGCACACCGGCGAGCGGCCCUAUGCGUGCCCCGCAUGCUCCUGGACCUUUGCCAGUGCCAGCAAGCUGACGCGACACAUGCGCAAGCACACCGGGGACCGGCGCUAUGUGUGCCCCGAGCUCGGCUGCGGCAAGGCGUUCAUGCGGCCAGAGCACCUGCGCGGUCACUCGGUUGUCCACUCCGGCGGCCGCCCUUUUGCCUGCACACAUCCAGGAUGUUCAUCACGGUUUGCGGCCAAGUCAAGCCUCUACGUGCACCUGAAGAAGCAUGCCCAGGGCAGCAGUGCAGAUCCACCACUGCAGCAGCCAAAGCAGCAGCGGUUGGUGUAUGGAUGCCCCGUGGGGAGCUGCUCCCGCCGGUUCUCCUCUCGCACAGCUUUGCGGCAGCACUUCGAGCGCUCCCACUCACUGCUUGUCCUCGCGGAUGGGUCCUCUCAGGAGGGUGAGGAUGAUGACGAGGAGGCAGCCAUGGCGGCAGUGUCCAGCCCAAGUCGGCCCUCGAGCCCCGACCUGGCCCCACGGCUGGUGCAGGAGAACCAGAGUGGCUCGGCACGCACAGACUUCACCAGCCAUCAUCAUCGCCGGUCGUCCCACCGCAGCAAUCUCUUGCCUGGUGCCGUUGAUGUGGUCCUGACAUCGUCGGCUGCCGCUCUUUUGCAGCAGGAUGAGAACCCUGGCGAUUUGUACUCUGAACUGUCCGUGCUAGCCGAACACACUGCCACUUCAGACAUAGGAGCUACUAUCCGGCUGCAGGACUUGGACUGAUACUUUGCUCAAGCCUUCGUCUGUGUGUGUGAACUUUAAUAAAGGCCUUGGCCUGGUGACAAAGUGGCCUUUGUUGGUCCUCUUUCCCAGUGGCCUGCUUUCUCUUAAAAACGCAGAAAAUAUUUCUUUGCAUUGUGUGUUUGAAGUUGUCCACACAUUGUUUGUUCAAUAGUGAUCAUUGUGAGAAAUAAACUUUUUUU